AUAAAUAUUAAACUGUUCGAGAGCGACCCUCGUUCCACCAACACCAAUUUCAAUUAACACGUUCUUUUCUUGGCAGUUGAACUUGCGAUUGAAUCAAAUUAAAGAACAAGUCUUUGGUUUUGAUAAAUUUUCAAGAAAAACUGCCAAAUCCUUAUUUAUGUCCAUAGCGAUCCCAAAGUUUUCCGUCCACAGAAUCACGCAAUGUUUCAGCAGAUCGAUAGCUUUCUAGCUUCACGAUGAUAGACUGGACCGCCGGUUGCUUCGGCUCCAACGAUGGCGGCAUCGUCGGCGGCGGCGGCGGCAGACGGCAAGUGGUUCGGAAUGUUGUCACUUGCUUCUACGUGACUAGUCUGUCGAUGAAGAAGAAGGAGGUGCUCAUCAUGGUCACAUGGCAGAAGAACAACGGCGACGAGCCCUCCUCCGUCACCGUGAUCGUCGACGACGAUACCUCCGCCGCCGCCGCCCACUUCGAGCACCCCCGGUGCAACUCCCAGAUUCUGCGGAAGAAGGGGAGCCGCUCCUUCUUCUCCGGGGACUCCAUGUUUCUUCUCCUCUGGGAUAUCUCCGCCGCCAAGUACGGGCCAGGUUUCUCGUCGGAGCCCACUAAGGACUUCUACCUCAUCCUGGCGGCGGACGCCGAGCUCGUCCUCCUGUUGGGCGACAAGGGGAAACAUUACGUCGACAAGUUUCCGACGGCCCCCUUCUGGAUGUACAGCCGGUACGAGCAAGCGGUGGUCCCGGCCUCGGCGGCGGUGCACUACUCGACCAAGGCCCGAUUCCGCGACGGCGGCCAGGAGCACGACGUGUCGGUGAUUUGCAGAGUAGAUGAGCGCGACGCCAGGAACGGAGAGCUGUCCAUCGCCGUCGACCGGAAGAGGGCGAUCCACGUGCCGAACGUGGGGUGGAACUUCCGGGGGAAUCAGGCCAUCACCGUCGACGACGGGUCGGCGGUCGUCGACGUGCUCUGGGACGUCCGCGACUGGUGGUUCCACGACUCGUCCGGCGGCGGCCUUACGACGUUCCUUUUCCAGGCGAGAAGCUCGCCAGAGAGCGAGCAGCCGUGCUGGUUGCCGGAGGAGGCGGCCGCGACGGCCGCGCCGCCCCCCUUCACUCUAUCGAUCAUAGUCUCCAAGAAAUAGUGAAAGGCUGACGGCGCACUGUUAUUUCUUCCUGUUAAUAUCAUCAUCAUUUUGCCAACAACUUUUACUGCAGAAAUGGACUUAACUCUCUGUUCAUGUUCUACCUUUGUGAAAUCACAGACUUCAAAAGGCUUUUGGCUCAAUCCAUUCG